ACUUCAGCAAAUAAACAGUAAUCAUGUGUUAAAAUCUGCAGUAUACAGUGCAGGCAUUAUCUCCUUUUCAUAAUGAAUUACUGACACAGUCAUUUCUGGCUCAUAGGCUCUGCCCACAGAGAUAUCAAUAAUAAUCAGACAUCUGGCUCCUGAGACUAUUUAAACACACAGACACACACAGAUACCCUAAAGGCUCCAGAUCACAAUCAGAAUGAGGAUUUUGCUUGCUGUCGCCGCUCUUGUGGUCGUGGGCGGUGCUGCCAGCUUCUCCCUGGAGGACCUGGAGUUCCACACCUGGAAACUGAAGUUUGGAAAGCAUUAUGGUUCAAUGGAUGAAGAGUCUCGCCGUAAAAUGACCUGGCUGGACAAUCGUAAGCUGAUCCUGGAGCACAACCUGCUGGCUGACCAGGGCCUCAGAAGCUACAGACUCGGCAUGAACCACUUUGCAGACAUGGACAACCUGGAGUACCAGGCCAUGUUCAAGGGUUCCCUGAGGUCUUUUAACGGGACCAAGGCUCACAAAACAACUACAUUCCUCCAAGAAGUAGGGGGUGCUGCUCUGCCUGGUAGCGUGGAUUGGAGGGAAAAGGGCGCCGUGACUGAGGUUAAGAACCAGUUUACCUGUGACUCCUGUUGGGCCUUCAGUGCGACGGGGGCGCUAGAGGGUCAGAUGUUCAAGAAGACAGGGACACUGGUGUCCCUCAGUGAACAGCAGCUGGUUGACUGCUCUUUCGGUGUUGGAAGCAAUGGCUGUGGAGGUGGAUGGCCAUCACAGGCUUUCCAAUAUGUGAUGCAGAGCAGAGGCCUGCAGACAGAGAAGUCCUAUCGUUAUGAGAACAUGGAAGGGAAGUGCAGGUUUGAUCCACUGAGAGCGUAUGCUACCUGCCUCACGUAUAAGAACGUGACCAGUGGAGAUGAGGCUAAUCUGCAGCAUAUUGUCGCCUCAAUUGGACCUGUUUCUGUAGGCAUAGACAUCAGCCGUCACACUUUCCAGCUCUAUGAGUCAGGUGUGUAUGAUGAUCAGUACUGCAGUGAUAUUCACCUGAAUCACGCUGUCCUGGUUGUUGGUUACGGCACUGAAGAGGAACAGGAAUACUGGCUGGUCAAGAACAGCUGGGGUGUUACAUGGGGUGAAGGAGGCUACAUCAAGAUGUCCAGGAACAAGAAUAACCAGUGUGGUAUUGCCACAGAUGCUGUCUACCCUGAGGUUUAAAAGAUGGGAGAAUAUCAGAGCCUUAGCUGAAGGAGAACUGAAAUCAGACAAAGAAGUUCAACCUGGUGACUGGAUCUUCAUAAAGGUUAUGAAAAAGAAGUCCUGGGCAGACCCACGGUGGGAGGGACUAUUCCAAGUGCUGCUAACUAUACCCACAGCUGUAAAAAUAGUUGACCGUUCACUCCUGGAUUAAUCUCUCUCACUAUAAGAAGGGACAAGAACCACGGUCGAAAUAAUUCUGCCUAGAGUCUCUUAAGGACUAGCUCGGCUACAAAGGGGAAUGAAACCAGUAGGGCCACUCGUCUCAACACGAGUUAAGGAAUUACAAAGGUCCAGAGACACUAGUGAGCGGGCUCAACCAUGGCCAGACUGGCAUUGAACUUCCUAAUUAGUACUGCCUAUGAGCUCUACGUUGUGAAAGGUAUUCAUACUCCAAUUUAUCGAGGCAACCCAGUGCAUGGGGGCUCCUGAGGACCAAUUAACACUGUAAAAUUUGACCUGUGCCAACAGAGAACUGGUUACAUCUGGGCAAAGAACUAUGUAUGUGAAACACCCUUGAUAGAGAGUCCUGGACCAACCAGGUACUUGGUGCGAUAGUUGGCAUAAUGCAUGGGGGCUCCUGAGGACCAAUUAACACUGUAAAAUUUGACCUGUGCCAACAGAGAACUGGUUACAUCUGGGCAAAGAACUAUGUAUGUGAAACACCCUUGAUAGAGAGUCCUGGACCAACCAGGUACUUGGUGCGAUAGUUGGCAUAAUGUUAUUUCUAACUCUGGGAUAUUAAAGUGGGGCUACACACCCCCACUAGCUUCACACGGACCUGAACCCCUGACCCAACGUAUGACUAUGUAUCAAGGCCAAACACCCACAAGCGGUUCUACAGAUGAUUGUAAUACAAUUUACCUCACCCUUAAGAAUCCGAAACCCUCAGAUUUUGGCCUCAACAUGCUCUGUGUUUGUCGCCGGACAAGACCCUUUGGGUCAUAUUGAAAUAAAGAAUAAACCUUAAUACUA